ACUCCAGUAAAUACACAACCUAUUCCUUCAUGGAUGACUCUAGUAGUCUCAUUGCAACAUUUGAUCUCAUUCAGGUGUCCCAAGCCAGUAGUUCCGUUGCCAUGGAGCCGCUAGGAUUCAAAAAAGGGCUGGAGAGGCUUCUGGAUGAAGGACUGGACAUAAGGGUAGUGACAACAGACAGACAUCCAUCCAUUAGAAAAAUCAUGCGGGAACAGUAUCCGGAGAUCAUGCACCAGUUCGACCCAUGGCAUGUGGCAAAAGGGAUUAAGAAAAAGAUGGUUGCUGCGUGCAACAGGAGGGGUGGUAAAGAGCUUGGCCCUUGGGUGAAGAGUGUUUCCAAUCAUAUGUGGUGGAGCUGCUGCUCCUCAAAAGGAGAUGCAACGGAAUUGCACAGAAGAUGGACAUCUCUCCUCCAUCACAUCACUGGGGUCCAUCGCUGGGAGGACAACGACAGUGUUUACCAGUGCUACCACAAGGAUUUGGCGCCAGAGCACCAAGAGGCAAAAAAAUGGCUGUCUGAAGAUUCCGCAGCCUACAGAUCCUUGCGUGAAAUGGUGUUGGACAAACGGCUCAUGAAGGACCUUGAACAAAUGACCCUGUUCAAGCACACGGGGCAACUGGAGGUGUUUCACAGUGCCAUGCUAAAAUACUGUCCAAAACGCCUACACUUCCAGUAUCCAACAAUGCUGGCACGCACCAUGUUGGCCGUUAUGGACCACAAUGAAAACCACUCCAGACCUCGGGAACAGGAUAAAACGGCUGCAGGUGUCCCAAGAGUCAAUGUGGUCAUGCAGAAGUACUCAGGCCAAUGGGUCCCCAGGCCCUUGUACAAGAAAACAACCCAGGAGUUCAGACAAGAGCUGGUGGACAGAGUCUUCGAGCGACGCAUGGAUCCCACAGUUCAAUACAAAGACCCGGCAUCCCGUCUUCGAACACCCCGUUUGCCAGCCAAUAUCGCCUUGGUUGCAAAACCCAGCAAAGAAGAUGUAAUGAAAACCUACACGUCAAGAUUCAGAGGUCCAACAGAGGGUCUUUGAUGCUGCUGAGAUAGUAGGGGAGUAGGGCUGUAAUGAUGCACUCAACUCAAGAUUCGUAUCACAAUCUUUGACCUAUGGCUCAAUACACUGCACAA